GAAAAAGAAGAGUUGAUUGAAGAAUGGCAGCCAGAGCCUCUGGUUCCUCCUGUGCCGAAAGAUCACCCAGCUCUCAAUUACAACAUUGUUUCAGGUCCUCCCACACAUAAAAUCACUGUUAAUGGCAAGGAAUGUAUUAACUUUGCAUCAUUUAAUUUUCUUGGACUUCUGGAUAAUGAAAAGGUUAAGAGUGCAGCCCAAGCAUCCCUGAAGAAAUACGGUGUUGGCACUUGUGGACCUAGAGGAUUCUAUGGUACCUUUGAUGUGCACUUAGAGCUAGAAGAACGUCUAGCAAAAUUCAUGAGGACAGAGGAAGCUAUUAUAUACUCGUAUGGAUUUGCAACAAUUGCCAGUGCUAUUCCUGCAUAUUCAAAGAGAGGGGACAUUGUGUUUGUAGAUGAAGCUGCCUGCUUUGCUAUUCAGAAGGGAUUACAAGCAUCUCGUAGUAACAUCAAGUUAUUUAAGCAUAAUGAUAUGGCUGACCUUGAACGGCUGUUGAAAGAACAAGAGACUGAAGAUCAAAAGAAUCCUCGCAAGGCCCGUGUAACUCGAAGGUUUAUUGUAGUGGAAGGAUUGUAUAUGAACACAGGCGACAUUUGCCCUCUUCCAGAGCUGAUAAAACUGAAGUAUAAAUACAAAGUUAGAAUAUUUUUGGAGGAGAGCCUUUCCUUUGGAGUCCUUGGAGAACAUGGAAGAGGAAUUACCGAACACUUUGGAAUAAAUAUUGAUGAUAUAGAUCUUAUUAGUGCAAACAUGGAAAAUUCACUGGCUUCUAUUGGAGGAUUUUGCUGUGGAAGAUCUUUUAUUAUUGACCAUCAGCGAUUGUCUGGUCAAGGCUACUGCUUUUCUGCAUCCCUACCUCCUUUGUUAGCUGCUGCUGCUAUUGAGGCUCUGAAUAUUAUGGAAGAUAAUCCAGACAUUUUUCAGACUCUCCGGGCUAAAUGUGAACGAAUUCACAAAGCUCUACACGGGAUUUCUGGCUUAAAAGUAGUGGGAGAAUCUUUUUCUCCAGCAUUGCACCUACAGUUGGAGGAGAGCUGUGGAUCUCGAGAAAAUGAUGUGAAGUUACUCAAAAGAGUUGUGGAUUAUUGCAUGAAUAGUGGCAUUGCAUUAACACAGGCACGCUAUCUGGAGAAAGAAGAAAAAUGUCUCCCUCCACCCAGUAUUCGAGUAGUGAUAACAGUGGAACAAACAGAACAAGAACUGGACAAGGCUGCUUCACUUCUUAAGGAAGCUGCACAGUCUGUAUUGAAUUAGACUGCUGUUUUGGAUUCUUCUUUCCUCAAAUUAUCAGGAUAAGUGUUUUACACUGUAUAGUGACUUCCA